UAUUGGACGUGGCCGGAGUGCCGGAGUGCCGUAGUGCCCUAGUGCCGUGGUGCCGUAUUGCCGGAGUGCUGGAACCCAUGGCCCCUAAACCGAGAAACAAAACUUUGCCCUGCCGUCGAAGCAGGAGCGUUGAGGAAUAAAUGGCCGUAAAUAGUGCCGUAGGUGACGGCCGAACCAAAGGGUUCUCUAUAUACCGAAAAUAUCCCCACUCCACUGGGUCAUCAAUAAGGUGAUACUUUUGAGGAGAACAUCCCGAAACAAAUGCCGGAUUAAUGCGGAGCUCCAAUGAUAUCGAAAGUGAAUAAAUGAUUGGCAACCAAGGCGAAAUGGGAAUGCUGAAAGCUUGUUCGAGGAAUUUCUGUGCUACGGAUUUCCUUGAUGGCAAACUAUUCCCGACUGAUGGUCAUCAAUAAGGAACUACUUGAAGAAUAAUCGGAAAGAAGAACUUGAAAUUGUAGCAUGCUCGAGCUACUUGGUCGAUUUUGUCGACGGGAAAGCAGUAUACACAAGCACUCAAAAGUCGGGCUGAGGAUGGCAGCGUGAUUGGAGCUUAAUGCCCAGCGCCCCCUGAAGUUUGAGUUAAUGCCUGAUGGCAACGACUUCAUGCACUACUACGGCCUGUAUCUGAAGAAUGUGGACCACAUAUUUGCCGUCAGCGCCUGUGGAUUGUUUAAGCUGAACAAUGCGUUACUCUUUUGCAUCGUGGGUGCGAUACUGGAAUACCUCAUGAUACUGAUACAGUUUGAUAAAGUCCUAAACCAAUAGCUAACAAGCUCCCAGACACUGGCCAUACAAAAAUAUAAAUUAAA